ACUGACUGACGCCUUUUCUGACUUUUGGACGCACCGGGGAACUUUUUGUCCAUGUCACCAGCAAAACUGAGGCCAGGACAGCCAUCAGCCCGCAGCAAAGCUCUUUGCCUUUUCAACGGAUUAAUUUAACCAGACCGGGACUCCAUAGCCUGGUUAUGGAUUUUAACCUGCUGACGGAAAGUGAAGCCCGCAGCCCGGCGCUGUCGCUCUCAGACUCCGGGACCCCGCAGCACGACCAGGGAUGUAAAGGCCAGGACAACAGCGACACAGAGAAAUCCCACCAGAACCAGCUGGAUGAGUCCAGUGCUGAGGAUGGCUCUCUGAAGAAGAAGCAGCGACGGCAGAGGACUCACUUCACCAGCCAGCAGCUCCAGGAGCUGGAGGCCACCUUCCAAAGAAACCGCUACCCUGACAUGAGCACCAGAGAGGAAAUCGCAGUGUGGACCAACCUCACUGAGGCACGGGUCAGGGUAUGGUUCAAGAACCGCCGCGCUAAGUGGAGAAAGCGGGAGAGGAACCAGCAGGCAGAGUUAUGCAAGAAUGGCUUUGGUGCCCAGUUUAAUGGACUCAUGCAGCCCUACGACGACAUGUACACAGGCUACUCCUACAACAACUGGGCCACCAAGAGCCUAGCGAGUAGCCCGCUCUCCGCCAAGAGCUUCCCAUUCUUUAACUCCAUGAAUGUAAGCCCCCUGUCAUCCCAGCCCAUGUUCUCUCCCCCCAGCUCCAUCCCCUCCAUGAACAUGGCCUCUAGCAUGGUACCCUCAGCAGUGGCCGGGGUUCCCACCACGGGGCUCAACAACCUGGGCAACCUCAACAACCUCAACAGCCCCACUGCGCUCAACUCGGUGGCAGUGACUGCAGCCACGUGCCCCUACGCCACCACAGCCAGCCCCUACAUGUACAGAGACACCUGCAACUCCAGCCUGGCCAGCCUGCGGCUCAAGGCCAAGCAGCACACCAACUUUGCUUAUCCGGCAGUGCAGAACCCCGUGUCCAACCUGAGCCCCUGCCAAUACGCUGUGGACCGGCCAGUAUGAAGAAGAAGCUCUGACGACGACCCCUGACCCAACUGACCAGCUGCAAGUCACCAUCAGCCCGCCUCACAUCACCUCGGUUCCAUGCGUAAACUGCCAGAUGUGCUGCAGACUGACAGAUCGUGCUUCGAUGGUACACAAUGAGAAUAAUCUUCAAAACGGACACAACAAAUAGACAUGCUCAGAUGGACCACCGCGCUUCAAAGCAAUUCUUUCCAGUUUGUGAGACUUUGUCGCUGAACUGACCAACUGCUUCAAAGGAUUUCGAAAGAUUAUAUCCAUUAUCAUUUUUUCCUUCUUUUGAAUUGCAUGAUUAGUGUAAAUGUAGAAACCAGAGUAAAUAAAACAUGGAAGCUUCAACUGGACUGAUGGUCAACAUCUUGGCCCAAAAACAUCAAAUGCGAUCUCUGCUACUGUUGCAGGGAAAAGAACCUGUGGUUACAUGCAGGAGAAAUGGAGGAUGUAUAUAAUGGACUUUUUUUGUUUUGUAUGUGACAAAAAAAUAUAUGAAAACAUACUUUAAAGAUGAGAAAAGCAUGUUCAUCAAAAAGAACCUAGGUUUAUGUACUAUG